GCAGGUAUACCGCGCUCUGUGGCAGACCUCACAAGUCACAACAAUUCCUCCAUACAAAAUGUUUUUCCUUUCUAGCGCCGUUUUGGCUGCCUUAUGUGUGGUGACCUUAGAUGCUCAACAAAGUUACACAAGCACCGCACAACCGCUUCCCAAUACCACCACCACAACUAAUAAUUGUGACUGUGCCUCUGACAACAGCAGUGCGAUUUGCGGAGCUGACAGAUCACACUUAUGCCAACGCCUGUCUAGCACGUUGUGCAAGUAUGAUGUAUCCGUCGCCUGUCCAUUUGAGUGCGAGCGUCUACCGUUCUUCGCAGGAAUUCCAAUUGGAUGUUGCUGCCCAGGGCGUGACCCAUUAUUUGUUUGCGGUGUUGAUGGCGUCACAUAUUUCAGUCCUUGCUGGGCAGGAUGUGCAAAUGUGACUAUUGCUUACCAGAUGCAAUGCACUAGUACAACAACUGCGAAACCGACCCCAACUUAUACCAGUUAGUUACUUAUCCACUUUAAAAGGUUGAAAAAUUUGCAACAUCAAUCGUCUGCCGCGAGUAGAUUCCUUGCAAGUUCUAUUCGUAAACCGACGUGCGAUUAGACUGCUAAU